UAUUCGCUGAGGACUCACGUCACUUCUCCUCCCCCCUCCUUAAAUAUUCAUGAGCUGAGUGCCCUGCGUCCCCGUACGUGAUGACGUAGCGCGACAAAUGCGGAUCCCGAUUGCUGCAGCCGCUUGUCAGUGUGACGAAGAUUGGCACCCAGGUCGUUUCCGGCUGCCUGCCCAUAUAAUGCCCCAGGUUUGAAUAAGAUGGCUGCACAGUCUGUGUCCAUAGACAAAUAUCGAGAGGGAGACCAGCAGAUGCAGAUCAUGGAUCAGUCAGAGAAUGACCUUAAACAGGGUUUUGCCAAUGGAAGCACAGGAAGCUCCAGCAGCCCUGCGUCCACUGAACCACAAACACAAAUGGAUGUCUACAAAGCCUGUAUAUACAGACAUCCCCUCUUCCCUCUCUUGGCCCUGCUGUUUGAGAAGUGUGAGCAGUCUACUCAGGGCUCUGACUGCGUGACGUCUGCCAGUUUUAAUGUUGACAUUGAAAACUUUGUACGCAGUCAGGAGAAAGAUGGCAAAGCCUUCUUUAGUGAAGACCCAGACCUUGACAACUUGAUGGUCAAGGCCAUCCAGGUGCUGAGGAUUCAUCUGUUAGAGCUAGAGAAAGUGAGUGACCUGUGCAAGGACUUCUGCAGCCGUUACAUUACCUGCCUCAAGACCAAGAUGAACAGUGAGACACUACUGAGUGGAGAGGCAGGCAGCCCGUACUCUCCAGGCCACGACCACCUGUCCCACCCUUUCUCAAGUGCCCUCAGCCCCCAGGGUGUUGUGGCGUCCUCACAUGGUCUUCAGCAAGGCAGUGUUACAGUGACAACAGUCAAUCCAUCACAAAUGGUCGCAGGUAAUGCAGUGUAUCAGCCAGUGACAGUAGUCACACCACAGGGACAAGUGGUGACACAAGCCAUCUCACCUGGAACCAUACACAUCCAGAACUCACAGGUUUGGAUGACACUCCAGCAGAGCACACACAAACAUGUUUACUCAGACUCAGUGACCAGUGACUCUUUCUACUUCCUGCAGCUCCAGCUUCAGCUCAAUCAGGACUUAAGUUUCUUUGGGGGAGAUGAUAACUCGCCUAAAAACAAGCGUGGUGUUCUCCCCAAACAGGCUACCAGUGUCAUGCGCUCCUGGCUCUUCCAGCACAUUGCGCAUCCUUAUCCCACUGAGGAAGAGAAAAAGCAGAUUGCAACUCAAACAAACCUGACUUUACUCCAGGUCAACAACUGGUUUAUUAAUGCUCGAAGACGGAUCUUGCAGCCAAUGCUGGAUGUCAACUCGGAGAUGGCCAAAAGCAAGAAGAAGACGCCUCCGAGCCGCCCACUACACCGCUUCUGGUCUGACUCCAUCGCCUCGUCUGGAACCCAGCAGCAGCUCAUAAUGCCAGACGGUAGUAUGGUUACAGUGGGGAUGAACGUUGAUGGCUUCCAGGCGCUUUCAUCAGAUGGAGCAACUCUCUCCAUGCAGCAAGUCAUGAUGGGAAAUCACAGCGAGGAUGAAUCAGAGGAAAGUGGCAAUGAAGAUGAGGCAGAUUUGUCAUCUGCUAACAUGCCCGGGUUGGAUUUAGAUAUUAGCGACUAAGACAGAUGGAUCACAGGUCACACACUGCAUGCUUACAUUUACAUUGGAAAACAUGCACAUGACACUUGUGGCAUGAGAUCCAGUCCCCUCAUAGACUUUCAGCAUAGCUGAUACUUGUGCACUACAAAAAAAAAAAAAAUUAGGAGUACUGUAUGUUGGCCUAUAUGUUACACAAACACACACAAACAGUUUACAGAGAGCACAACGUUACUGAAAGAUGCUGUGUGUGAGGAGUUGCAUUUCAGCACGUGUUUUUAUUAUGUAGACGUGCAGGUGCUUGCACUUUUAUAUAGAGACACUUCAAGAAGGUUGCAACAGUGGAACACAGAGAAAGAUUUUUAAGCUUCUUUAGUGAAUGUUUGUAAUGAUUUAGUUUUCUAUAUUAACUCGUUUGAAUGCCAAGAUUUUAAGAGUGUGUCGUCGUGCUGGUUUUAUUCACACUGCAUGUUCGUGUUUUCUUCAGUAUGCUCACGCUUGUAGAGAGGCUCCAAGACCGAGUUCGGGAAAAGAGAUGAUUAUUUUUUAUAUAUGAACGUUGUAAAAAGUGUUCUUUUUUUUCUUCCUUUUUUUUAGUUUGUGUUUUAUAGGGAAUAUUUAUGUACAGAAACUAUACUAUCUGCCCUGUUUUCAGAGGAUGAAAAAGUUUUUUAGAAAAAAAUGUUGGAUAAACCAUUUUUAAAAAUGUAAAUUGGUUUUAACACUCGCAUACAAAAUGCCUUGCAUAUUCUUUUUUUUUUUUUUUUUUUUUACUAUUCUGCUGAUAAGCACAGAAAGCCUGAAAUGUUGAUUAAAUUUAGUAAGAUGAGUUCAAUCAAAGUCUCUUCCAGUAUUCUUCAUCCAUAUGCUGAAGAUGUUCCUUCGUUUCAGAGGGACCUUUUGUUUUUGCUAUGUAGGUUAAUGUAGUUUGAUCUAACAUGUACAAAGCUUCCCUUAACAAUCAGAGUUUUGAAAGAUGCUUUGGAAAUUAUGGCAUAAAAUGUCCAUAUUAAAAUGAAAUAAAGGUCAAGUCUGCAUAUUUUGCCCCACCAUUUGACCUUAAAUGUUGUCAAUUGUGUGCUGUUUUUUUAAACAAUUAUUUAAGGACUGUAAACACUACAACAGUAUAACAUUAAAGCCUUUACAAAGUU